UACAUACGGUUCUCCGUUGACGCCUUGCCGCUUGACUUGAGCGCUGAAGCACUGAGAAGUGACCCGGGUCGCCUUCCGCGAUAAUUAGGCGAAUUUGCGCGCCAAAUUUUGGCGUUUGCUUGUACAAGGCCACGCUGCUCAUUCGCAUCGAAAUCAUCUGCUUAUUUCUAUGGCUUUACAAAUAAAGUCUGAUAAUAUCCUUGCCGGCGACAACGAUAGCAAAGGUAUGGUAGUAGAAAUGGAAAGCCCGAAAAAAUCAGAAUCGAACGCGAACACGAGUGAUGAGAAGAUUAUAGAGGAUAUGCCUGUUAAUGAGGAAGAGACCAAGGAAACGGAGCAAGUAGAAAAUGAACUUUUGGAACCUAAAACUGGGAUGACGGGCAAGCCCGAGGGCGCGGAUUCAGUGGAUGAAGAAACCACGAAAGAGUCCCCUGCAAAAAAAGAAGAGAAACAGAAUUCAACUCCUACGAAAGAGUCUCCCGUGAAGGAGUCACCAAAGAAGAAAGAUACAAAGAAGAAGGUGGAGCAAGAGGCCGCUGAUGCUACCGAACAGGAAGAGGAGCAGGAAGAUGAAGAACAUGAGAAGAAGAAAGGCCUUUUUGAUUUACCACUGGAGGUCGAAGGCAAGCGUGAGCGCCACAAGGUCGAACGUAUCUCCAUAGGUACCCCCACUGUCAAAAAAACCCCCACCGAAAUGAAAAUGGGUAAUGGAGUACCAUUAGGAGAGAUUGCUUAUAUCGAAGAUCAACUGAGGAAACACAGCGCGGAUGACCUACAAUACAUCCACCGUCUAAUUUACGGUCAUGUCGGAAAGGCGUCAGUUCUCAGGAGAGACAUCCGCAAAUUCACCGGGUUCGCCUUUGAGGAGAACUCCCCAGAGUUCAAGCAGAAGGUUGCUUUUUUGCAAAAACUGACCAUGGACAAGCUCAGAAUGAUAAAAAAUGUACUGGGCGUUCACAGUGGAGGUGGCACAAAAGAUGCCAUGGUUACUACAAUUAUGGUCUUUAUAAUGAAACCAGUUGACCAUGAACGCAAAGUUCCCGGCAAAAAGCGCAAGUCUACAGCGAAAACUCCCAAGUCAACGAAGAAGGCAAAGACAUCGAAAACGUCAGAUGAAGUCGUUGACGACGAAGAUGAUGAAGAGGAUGAGGUUGAGACGAAAGAAGAGGAAGAAAAGAAAAAGAAAGGAGCAGAAAAAGAGAAGAAAACUCCUAAAACUCCGAAGACACCGUCUACCGCUAAGGCGCCAAGAAAGAAAAAGGAACCGACAAAAGAUGCUUCGAAAGAGUCGGAUGCUGAUACUGAAGCUGUGAAGAAAACCUCGAGGAAACCUUCAAAAAUAGCCAGCGAUGACGAUACUAGCUCCAACACUUCAGAAGAAGCAGCACAAGAAAACAACCCUUCCGAGAAAGAGCUGGAGACUGUUAUUGAAGAACUACUUGCUACGUUCGAUCUGGCACAGGUUAGCAUGAAGCAGAUGUGUCAAGCGGUGAUUGAAAGAUUCCCUGGCACAAACAUCAGCACUCGAAUCGACUUUUUGAAGAGCAAAAUCAAGCAGUGCCUCGCAACAAAAUGAAAACGACAAGUUUCCUUUUUUUCGCCAUUCACAAAAUUUAUUCACACUGCCUCAUUUGAUUCAUUUCUGUUCUCAUCUAUUGCUAAAAAUUGUUUAUUUGUGGUUCAUCUCAUGGUAAGACACACUCUGGACAUUCGCAACUUUUCCGGUUUAUGUAUGUAUAUUGUUCUCAGAACUUGCUGCGGUUCGCAAAUGUCUUGCCGUAUAGAAGUUUUUAAAACUUCGAGAACGGGAACCAUUUUGAGAUAGUGUCGUGUUGCAAACCACUACCUCAUUGCAAAACAACGUGUUAUGCUUUUGGGCUGUUAUCCAAUGCAAGACAUUGACGAUCUGUUGCAUUCAAAGCUGUUUACAAGUUUGGCACUAUCAAUAUGCAAUCUUGAUUUUGUGUACACAACGUAUCUCAUUAGAACGACAGUACAUUUCUUAUACAUUUCGUAGUUGUGAUCUCCUUG